AUGGCCCUGCUGGUUGCGCAGAUCUUAAGGAAGCGCCUUAAUAAGGAAAAUGAAGAUGUGACUGCAAAACUCCAGAAGCGAGGCAAACUCGCAAACCGGCGUGUAAGCUUUGCGCCGGAUGACGAGCUGGAGACGAAGCACAUAUUUAAGGAGGACUUUCCAAUUGCGCGUGACUUGUGCACAGCUCAAGUCGCAGCGGCUCCACACACGCACAUUGAUGACCAGAUUGGCAGCGACCACCUCGCGGCCCUGGAGAACCUGUCACCGCAGUCCAUGGAACUGACUAACAAUGGCUUAGAGCAGCCAUGCGCAGCAACAGUCCAAGUUCCGGGUCCAGGUCCUGUCGAGAGCACCGGCAUCGCAGUCACAGGGAUAGAACCUCCCUCAGAGUACCAAACCCAUGGACAUUACCAGCAGCGUGCCGUGUAUGCGCGCAACUUGGACAUAACGCUAAAUGUCCCAAACCUGUCGACACUUGUUGAGGAGGACGAGGAGGACUUCGGCGCCGGGGACAUCAGCCGCCGCCUCGGCAGCUGCGCUGACACCCCGUCAAUGCACCCUGUGAUGCUGGAUGACAUUGGCGGCGGGUACUUGGCGUCCGAGUCCCCAACGAGCCCAAACAUGCAGAUGUGCAGCGACAGCAAGCACGAGGACCAAGAAGACGCUCCCCUACGGGACUUCUGGGGUUUCGCGCCCGGUAGGGAUGAUACCCUCGACGUCGACUACCGGAAAAUGGUCAUGGGGGAGAAGACAUACAACGCAGUGUACGGCACAGUUGGCAUUGUGCCAGAUGCAGGUGGCGUGCGCUCACCUCUUCGCGGCGGCCCUGAGUUCGUGCCAACAGCUGAGGGCCGCGGUGCAGCCGCAGGAAGGACGGUAGUGGCGUGUGACGCCGGGCCAGCGGCACCCAUGCAGGUGCAGCCCGCCAAAGCGGACCUUGCGCCGCCGGCCGUCCCAGCAGCCACGCAGGCAGUGCAGCCACCCUUACGGAGAGCGCCAUUACAGCAGCAGCAACCCCAGCAAACGGAGCUAUCCGCCAUCAAAGCGGAACCACUGCAGUCCUUCAGCCUUCCGCAGGCGCUGGCAGCGCAGCAGCCGCAAACUCGCGUCCAGGUGCAUAGCACGCCGUUCAUGGAUAACACGAUGCGGCUCCUGGAUGACCAGACGGAAGCCUGGAGGUUGCCAGGCCACCCGUGUGCCUAUGACCGGGGGCGGCUGAGCGUGGCCAGCAACAGAGUGCUAGCGCCAGGAACCCGGCGUGGAGCCGGUGGCGCGGGCGGCGGGGAAACCACCAUGCUGCUGGGCCCCACUAUGACAAUGGCCUCGGCCGGUAACGGCAACACCGUCCAACUGCUUGCUGACACCACAAACCAGCGGGGGGCCUACGAACGCCUAGUGCAAAAGAUACCGGGGCGCCAGGAUCCACCGGCCGUUGAACCGCUUCCUCGGCCUGCCGUCGGGGCCAGACCCGGGGAUUACAUUGCGGCGUCAAGCGCAGCUGCGGAGCAGCGUCUAGCCGCGUUUAAGGCCCAAGCUUCUUUAGACCUUAAGACGGCGGCAAGUAGUGAUCUGCUCGAGGACGGCGGUCUUACCAUGGACGCUCAUUUCCAAAUGCCACCGGAGCCGACCACGGAACUCUCGCAGCUGCAAGACGAGGUGCAGGCACGGCAGCGGCCAGUGCACCUUGGUAGCGGCGAGAUGCCGCUGAGCACAACGGUGGCUUUGUCGCAGGGGUGCGGCAUGAGCGUUAGCGCACAGGCCGCGCGGGCGCCACCUUGUGCCGCGCGCGCACCUUCACGGCUGUCGUGUGAGGAGUUCCUUGGCCUCAUUGACGUGAGCUUUAUCAAUAAGGUUUACCGUGAUACGUUCCAACCUGGAUCUGACCCGCCACCCAAAACGGUGGCUGAGGUUUACGCGGCGGCGACGUGCACCCGCGCCUACGUGGAUGCCUACCAUGCGCAGUCGCUUGACCUCGCCGCGCGCUUGGCUAACACGGGCACUCGCGUGGCACAUCUGGAGGCGGAGCUGACAGCCAAUAAGCAGGGGCUUUUUAUGGCCGUGCAGAUGCUGCCACCCGCACAGCUGAAAAUGGUCAAGAUGCAAUUCGAGGGCCUCAAGGAGCUCUGCCGCCUGAGGACAGUCAAGCAGGUUAAGCAGGCCCAGCUGGGAGUUAUGGAGGACCACCUGGCUCAGUUGGGCGCACGCAAGCUGCAGCUGCAGGCUGACCUUGACGCCUUCACGGCGGAGUUUGAGCGCUUGCGUGUGUGUGCUGAAGAGGUCGAGUCUAUCCCCGUGGUUAUCACGCGAAUGCGCCAAGACGACGAGGAGCGUGUCCAGGAGGUCCUGCAGCGUAAGAGAACCAUAGAAUCACAUUUGCAGCGCCUGAAAGCGCUGCGGGCUCAAAACGCGGAGCGGCAGCAGCGGCUGGGCGCCAUGCAGGCUGAGCAACAGGCGAAGGAGAAGGGCAGGCCAUCCAUAACUGCCCUGAUGGAGGAGCGCUGUCAGCUGGAGGAGCGCGCUGCUGAGUUGCGGUCUCGCCUGGACAACAGUGCCAUGACUCCCGGCAGCGAGGAACAGCUCAUUCGCGAGGCGGUUAGGAAAUCCGAGACGGUUGAGGCUCUUUUGGGUUUGCAUAGCCUGCGGUUGGACAUCACGAACAUGGAGCAUACUGGCACAUUCAAGCUACUCUUCCGGCGGGCGUACAGCAUCGUGUGCACUGCUUCGGACGGCUUUAUGGACAUCAGGGUGACAUGCCAGGAUGCCACCGCAGCCGGUUUGGAUGGCCUGGCGCCAAGCAUCCGAGACCGCGUCCACGCGUCGUCCACGGCGCUCAGCUGCACGAUACCCCGCGUGCAGCUCCCACUGCGGCUCGAGUACACCCUGGAGCAGCUGCAGCGGAUGUGCCGCGUGGCGCAGCAGCUAGAGAGCUGCUGGUUGCGGUUUGACUGCCUGCAGCGACCGUAUGCGGAGCCUGCGGUGGCGCUGACGUCGCAGCAGGGUGACGCUGGCGACAAUUUCGCUCUAGUCCUCAGGUUCACCAAUGCCGAUACCAUCACUGGCGUGACCAUACGCAUGCCGUGGUCCGCGGCGCUGCGCUCCGAUUAUGUGAAGCCGCGGCUAAGCGUCCAGCUGAUGAGCCUGGACCCACCAGUGACACAGCGGCAGUACUGCGACGCCCUACUGGACACCGUGCUCAACAAGCUGCCCCCCGGCACGGGCUACAUCACGGCAAUCUGUUACGCAAUGAGCGAGACGCUGCAAGUGCCCAGCAACUGA